AUGUUUGUAUGUAUCGUAUUCUUUUUGCAACUAUUAUUAUAUUCGUCAAUUGCAACAAAGUCACAAUUAACAUUGGAUGAGUUUUUCGAUUGUACAGAUUUCUUAUCUGUGAGUUUUUCGCCAAAUGGUGAAUACUUACUUAUUGAAACCUUACGACCAAACUGGAAUUCAAGUACCUAUGAAAUUAGUUGUUGGUUGUAUGAGAUAAACACAAAACAAAAACAAUUAAUUGUGACAAAUACAGGUGGUUCUUCGAGACCAAAAUGGUCACCGAGUGGAAAUUGGAUUGCUUUCUUACAAGUCGAUCAAACAAAAAUGAGUACUAAAAAUCGAUAUAAGCAUUAUCAACGUUCAUUCGAAAAUAUUGAAAAAAACCAACAAUUUAUUUAUUUGUAUUCAAUUGAAUCAAAGAAAAUGUUUCCAGUUUUAGUUGGAAACGAAAUGCCAUCGACUUUGACAUGGUCCGAUAAUGAUUCAUCUAUUUAUUUUAUUACAACUAAAACAAGAAAAACAGAUGAUGAUCAAGUUGAAUGGAAAAAUGUAGUUGACUAUCGAAAGAGCAUUGAUAACUAUGUUAGUACAAUUAAUUGUCUUGCUUUCGAAACAGAAAAUCAAAUAUCAUCCUUGAAAAUAAGCACUAUUCAAGAUGUUCCUUUUCUAAUUGGUGAAUUAUUAUUUAGCUCUGUUUUACAAAAGCUUGUAUUUACUUCAGUAUCACCACUAACUGAAUAG